AUGAAACUCUUGCUCAUCACCGUCGCUCUCGUAGCCGUAGCCGCCGCUGGUCCAGUCAAACCAGGCCCAGCUGGCCCAGCCCCAAUCAUCGACGACGCACAUGAUAUUGCCGUUGGACCCGCUAUCAUCGACGAUGCACAUGACAUCGCCGUUGGACCUGCUAUCAUCGACGAUGUACACGAUAUUGCCGUAGGACCCGCUAUCAUCGACGACGUAAAUGAUAUUGCCGUAGGACCCGCUAUCAUCGACGACGUACAUGAUAUUGCCGUAGGACCGGCUAUCAUCGACGACGUACAUGAUAUUGCCGUAGGACCCGCUAUCAUCGAAGGACCCACUGUGAAACCAAGCCAGCCCCUCGUCAGUAUCAUCUUGAACAUCAACUCCCAAAGUCCAGCUCCAGUUGAUGAGGUAGCGCCCACACCAGUUGUCAUCGAAGAGGUGCCUAUUAAACCUCCUUCUGCCGUCAUCGGCGUGCCUGUUCUGCCCGUCCCCAAGCCCGCUAAAAACUAA